AGUUUCUCCCGUCACUAUACGUCACGGGGCAGCGAAAAACAUAGUUUUAGACACUUUUUAAUCUGUGUUAAUCGCGUUGAAAAUUGUGCUUAAAAAUUACCAAUUGUUAAAAAUCGCAUAACUAAGACAACAAUGGCGCCGAAAGCAAGAACAGUUGGCAUUAAACCGAAAGCACAGACCUUCAAGGACAAGUCGAAGCCAACCGAUGUGCGGCUGUCCAACAUACAGGCGGCCAAGGCUGUGUCCGAUGCGAUUCGCACCAGUCUGGGCCCGCGCGGCAUGGACAAGAUGAUCCAGGCGGGCAACGGUGAGGUGUCCAUCACGAACGACGGCGCCACCAUUUUGAAGCAGAUGAACGUGUUGCAUCCGGCUGCCAAGAUGUUGGUCGAGCUGUCCCGUGCCCAGGAUGUGGAGGCCGGCGAUGGCACCACAUCUGUGGUGGUUAUUGCGGGCGCAUUGCUUGAGGCCUGCGAGAAGCUGCUGCAGAAGGGCCUGCAUCCGACUGCCAUUUCGGACUCGUUCCAGCGCUGCUCGAACAAGGCGGUCGAGAUACUCACCCAAAUGUCCACGCCCAUUGAGCUCAAUGAUCGCGAUACCCUGAUCAAGAGCGCCUCAACAUCGCUCAACUCCAAGGUGGUCUCGCAGCAGAGCAGCCUGUUGGCUCCGAUUGCUGUCGAUGCGGUGCUGAAGGUCACCGAGCCCGGCAAGGAGUCGUCUGUGGAUCUGAAGAACAUCAAGGUUAUCCAGAGCCUGGGCGGCACCGUCGAGGAUACGGAACUGGUGCAGGGCCUGGUCUUUACCAGCCGCUCGGCGGGCACCAAUGCGCCCAAGCGCAUCGAGAAGGCAAAAAUUGGGCUGAUUCAGUUCUGCAUUUCGGCACCGAAAACCGAUAUGGAUCACAAUGUGAUUGUCAGCGAUUAUGCGGCCAUGGAUCGUGUGCUCAAGGAGGAACGUUCCUAUAUUCUCAAUAUUGUCAAACAGAUCAAGAAGGCCGGCUGCAAUGUCCUGCUCGUCCAGAAGUCCAUAUUGCGCGAUGCCGUUUCGGAUCUGGCUCAGCAUUUCCUGGACAAGAUCAAGUGUCUGGUUGUCAAGGAUGUGGAGCGCGAGGAUAUUGAGUUCGUAUGCAAGUCUCUGCACUGCCGUCCCAUCGCCUCGCUGGAUCAUUUCACAGCCGAGAACUUGUCCAGCGCCGAUCUCGUCGAGGAGGUGGCCAGCGGCACCAACAAAUUUGUCAAGAUCACGGGCAUACAGAAUCAGGGACGCACCGUUUCCAUCAUUUGCCGUGGCUCCAACAAGCUGGUGCUUGAGGAGGCAGCCCGUUCGCUGCACGAUGCGCUCUGCGUGGUGCGCUGUCUGGUGAAGAAGCGCGCCCAGAUUGUGGGCGGCGGUGCGCCAGAAAUCGAGAUGGCGCUGCAGCUGGCCGCCUUGGCACAAACCGUGGAGGGUGUCGAUGCCUAUUGUUAUCGCGCUUUUGCCGAUGCCCUGGAGGUCAUUCCAUCGACUCUGGCCGAGAAUGCGGGCCUCAAUCCGAUUGCCACCGUCACGGAGCUGCGCAAUCGUCAUGCCCAGGGCGAGAAGACGGCGGGCAUCAAUGUGCGCAAGGGCGCCAUUACCGAUAUACUGGCGGAGAACGUUGUCCAGCCGCUGCUGGUCAGCACCUCGGCCAUCACACUGGCCACCGAGACCAUACGCUCCAUACUGAAGAUCGAUGAUAUUAUCAAUACCAUGAGCUAAACAUGUUCGCCUACUGUGCUGCAAGAUCUUUACUUAUUUGCAUUUUCAUAAGCCACAUCAAAAAAAAAAAAAAAAAGAACUCCUUAACACACACAAACACACACACACUCGCACACACUCAUAACGUAUUGCGGCUGCUUUGUGCCGCGUCCAAUUGAAUUAAAUUCACCUUAUAAUACAACACACAAGGUAAUAACUAUUUAACGUUUAAUAAAAAACUAUGUAUUUCGCUUUGUAUUAACAAGCAACUGAAUAUUGUGCAGCAUAUUAAGUUUUUUUUUGCUGUGCGCCAUUUUGAAAUUUGCGCGCAUUUUAGAAUUUGCCAGUCGCAGGCGUGCGCACGCAUUUUGAUUUUGGCGUUGCCACCUUUGGCGAAAGUGUGGCAAAUCGUUUGGCAUUUGGCGGCAAAUUCAAAUUUCGCCUGCGCUGCACUUAAAUAUGUCAUUUUCUUGUUACUAAAAAGCAUGCAUAAAUAAAGGAAUUUAUUUAAAUGA